AUGUACAGACAGGCACUGCGGCUGGACCCGUCGCUCGACGAGCGCAGCAUGUACAUUGAAGAUGAGAGCGAAGACGAAUACGACGCAGAGGAGUCCGGGGACGGAGAGACACUGGACGGCGAAGGACGCGAAGCCGCCCCACGGAGUCACGCUCGAGAACGGAACGAGGAAGGAGGAUUUCUCGUCGACGGAAGGGAAGGAAUGCAUCGAGGACAGAAGGAAGACGCACGCGCACAGAGAGAGAAGAACGAAAAGCGAGAGGAGACAGACAAGCGAGAGGAGAGAGGGGCGAGAGAGGAACCGGAGGCGGAGGAGACAGGGGAGAGAGAGAAGCACGAGGGCGGUGUUUGCGCGGGACCAGUAGGAGGCCGGACUGCUGACAAAGUCGAGACAGAAAAGGGUGCGCCUGUGUCUUUCGGGAAGAGGGGAAGUGAGGCGAGUGAAGCGCGCCUCGCUGCUGGCUCUCCAGCUCUCUCCGCUUCGCGUGAGCAUGCAGCCGGUUCCGGCCGCAGACAGCCCGACAGAUGCCAGAGAGGAAAGAAAGCCGAGAGCCCCUCCGACCCCCGAACAAGCGAUGGCCGGGGUGUGGAGCGCGGCGCGGAUCCAGAGCGCAGAGGCUGCGACCGUCAAGAUGUUCAGUUCCUUCGAGACGGCGCCUCUUCUCGUUCGUCGUCUCUCUCAACUUCCGAGGACGAUCUCUCCGCCGCCAGACGGCGAAACGAACAAGACGCGGGCGAAGACGUUCCUUGGGCCCUCGACAGCGGCGCAUGCAGCCUUUGCUCGCUGCCGCCAGAACUCCUCGACGUCUUGCCCCUGUACCUCGAUGCGUUCGCUCUCACCAGAAUGUAUCUGCAGCGGCCGCGGAUUCGCAUGGACGGCAUUUACAUUUCCAGAUGCGUCUACAUGCGCCGUGUCAGAGACGUGGGCAAUCUGAUGGAAGAGGGCGAACAGGAACGGCGACAGCGUCUUCGGCUUCAACAGCAGCUGAAGCGAGAGCAAGAACUGACGUCUGCUUCCCUCCAGCUCUUGGGGACGAUGCUACACCAGUCCCCAGUCGUCGCUGUCUCCUACCACCGAUAUCUUCGCUUUCUUCCCCUCGCGACAGGCAACAAAGUCCUCGUCCUACGGUCCGAGGCUGACAAGCACAUCGCCGUUCAGGCUCUAAAAAACGCGGAGCAGAGGAACGGCGGCAACUGCCACGUCGUCUUCAGCACGCUCAGUUCCCAGUCCUCCGCGCCUUCCCAGACGGGACAAUGGACCUGGCAACGGCUCGUGCCUUUCAUCGCCGUGGGCGAUUACGCCUUCGAUCCGCAUACGCGGCGAGUGGAAGUUUGCUACGACGAGCCCCGCACGCACGGCGCGAAUUCGGACUUUCUCCCAACUGCCAGAGAACUCCGAGGAGGCGGAAGAGACCCAGCCGGCAGACGAACGAGUCCACCACGCGCUGCACGAGUCUCAACUGGAGAACAUUUCUCUUCCUCUUCUUUCCCUCCGGGUUUGUCGUCUGUUGCUUCUGAUUCUUCGGGCGUUCGGGCGUCACUCGGCGGUGAUCAGUCGAGGGGUAGCGCGCCGCGAGAAAGCGGACCCGAAGGAGACUGGAAGCGACGGCGACCCUACACGCAUCGAGCCGUGUUCGAGAUUUGCGGAGGAACUGCUGCACGGAGCAACUGCAGACUGAAGUGGAUUUCUUUCGCCGUUGGGUCCGCGCUAGGUUUGCACGAGGACGACGAGAGCAACGACGUGGCACACCUGAAUAUUGACAGCGAACAUUUCCGGCCUUUUCUUCUUAAUCGCGUUAAGGCAUUUGAAUCGCAUUUCUAA